CUCGCUUGCUUGAUCCUCACGACAAAUCCGUCAGAAUGAGCUGCAACGGCUGCCGAGUGCUGCGAAAGGGGUGUGCCGAGGGCUGCGUUCUGAGAUCCUGCCUGCAGUGGAUCGACUCUCCGACUGCCCAAGGCAACGCCGUCCUGUUGCUAGCCAGGUUCUUCGGCCGGAGCGACCUCAUCUCAUUCGUCUCCGCCGUCCCCGAAUCUCAGAGGCCCGCUAUGUUCCAGUCCUUGUUGUAUGAAGCGUGCGGGCGUACGGUGAAUCCGGUGGACGGUGCGGUGGGGCUUCUAUCGCGUGGAAAGUGGCACGUGUGCCAGCUGGCGGUGGAGACGGCGCUCGCCGGUGGUUCUCUGACGCCUUUGGCGGAGAACGCCAGCGAAUUCAGUACCGAUGAAUCUACGGUGAAAGAUCUGUACCGUCCAUCCGCGCCGUCCAUGCAUGAAAGCCAGCCGUCCGAUCUUCUCACUCUCUCACUGGCGCCUAAGUUCUCCAACGAGAUCCGUUCCGCCCUGAGACCCGGUCCGUGGAGUGAAUAUCCGAGAGUCAAACGGUCCAAGGAUGGGAAAACGUCGCUGAAUUCAGAGGAGUCCAUGAUGACGAGCUUUGGAAGUUCUGGCGACGAUCGGAAGCUUCUGAAUUUGUUUGUCUGAGAGAGAGUUUUUGUCUCUGAUGAAAUCCUGCGGUUUAGAGGUGAGUGAGAGACGAUGUAAGAGAUAAAUAAUACUGGUAAUAAGAACCUUUUAGUUUCACUUGCCGGAAAGUUCUCCGGCGAGUUUUUGGACAA